AUGUUGAAUUCAACUUUAUCUUAUUUCAUUCUUGAAGCAUAUAUAAGUGUUGGAACACUGAGAUAUUUUUAUUUCAUGAUAAUUGCAUUGUUAUACACAGUAAUUGUUACUGUCAACACAUCUCUGAUAGUGAUUAUCUGUAUGAACAGAAGUUUACAUGAACCUAUGUACCUGUUUCUGUGCAGCCUGUUUGUAAAUGAACUGUAUGGUAGUACAGGGUUGUUUCCAUUCCUUUUGCUUCAGAUCCUCUCUGACAUUCACACUGUUUCUAUUCCCUUUUGUUUCCUGCAGAUUUUCUGCUUGUAUUCUUAUGCUAAUAUAGAAUUAUGUAAUCUAACCGUCAUGUCUUAUGACAGAUACCUUGCGAUUUGUUGUCCAUUGCAGUAUAGCACACGUAUGACAUUUAACAAGGUGAUUAUCUUUAUUAUUGUUAUAUGGUUGUACUCUUUUGUCAGAUGUAUCAUUAAUAUAUCUUUAAACUUCCGUUUGACACUGUGUGGAAACAUACUAAACAGCUUAUUUUGCAGAAACUACCUAAUUGUUAAAUUGGCUUGUUCUGACACCACAGUGAGUAACAUCCAUGGAUUGUUUGGUGUUUUUCUGUCCAUUGUAGUCCCUCUGCUUCCAAUCCUUUUCUCUUAUGUUAAAAUUCUAAAGAUUUGUUUUUCUGGUUCUAAACAGACCAGACAAAAAGCUGUCAGUACCUGCACACCUCACCUUGCUUCUCUGCUCAACUUUUCUUUUGGUUGUUUAUUUGAAAUCCUGCAAAGUAGAUUUGAUAUGAGCAGUGUACCCGGCAUGGUACGAAUCAUUCUGUCUCUGUAUUUUGUGAUACUCCAACCACUUCUGAAUCCUAUCAUGUAUGGAUUACAAAUGUCCAAAAUACAAAAUGCAUGUAAAAAUCUCUUCUGUUACAGAAAGUCAUCAAGUCACUGA